AUGCCGACGUUGACGAAGCUCUUUACAAUGCAAGAAGUCUCCCAGCAAAACAGCAAAGACAACUGCUGGGUCGUCAUUGAUGGCAAGGUGUACGAUUUGACACGAUACUUGGAUCAUCACCCUGGUGGAGACGAUGUAGUCCUUGCUGCAGCUGGAAGAGAUGCCACAGAAGAUUUUGAAGAUGCUGGGCAUAGCAAUGUUGCAAAGGAUAUCAUGGGAGCCUUUUGCAUUGGAGAGCUUGAUGUUGAUACCACUUCCCCAGAGAUAAUCUCCAAGAAUCAACCAGUUGAUUAUCCUCAGAAGAUCAAGGACUUGACAAAGCAAUACUGGGCUGUUCCUGUGGCCGUAGUUGGCAUCUCUGUGGUUGUUGGCUUCUUGUACUUGCGCAAGAAGUGA